AUGGCGGUUCCAAAAAUCACACUUUACGUGGAUGUUGUUAGUCCAUUCGCAUAUAUCGCUUUCCACAUUCUGAAGAACUCACCUACCUUCGCAAAAUGCAACGUUACAUAUGUACCAAUUUUUCUGGGUGGCUUGAUGCAUGCUUGUAGCAAUAUAGCACCAAUCAACAUCAAGAACAAGGACCAAUGGAUCAAUAGAGAGCGACUACUAUGGGCCCAGUAUUUCAACGUUCCGAUCGCUGAGAAGAUGCCAGAUGGGUUCCCAAUCAAAACACUGGGAGUGCAACGCGCUCUUUGCGUCAUUGAGCAGAAAGCCCCUUCAAAAUUACCCUCAGCAAUCGAGGCUUUGUACCGCUCUCUCUGGAUCGACCGGAAUUCGGAAAUCGGAGAAAUUGAGGGCCUUGUCCCGGUAUUAGAAAGCGUCCUUGGAAAUCAGGCUACGCAAGAAAUUCUAUCGGCUAUGAGGCAACCAGAUACCAAAGCUCUUUUAAAUGCAAAUACAGAUCACGCUUUCAGGGUUGGGGCUUUUGGUCUCCCAUGGUUUGAGUGCACUGACACAAAUGGCAACACGGAGGGAUUCUGGGGCGUGGAUCAUCUUGGACAAGUUGCUGACUUCUUGGGCUUGGAUCGCAGUCGAGACUCUGGUUUCAGAGCUCUUUUGUAG